AUGGACCGCGGCAUCUUCCACGCGUUCGAGCACCUCGUCGAGACCGGCGAGGUCCCGUUCCAGGAGACGGGCCCCGAGCCGUCCCGCUCCUUCUACGCGGCCAGCGAGGCGGCCGCGGCCGUGGCCCGUGCCGUGGACGCGCUCGGCCUCGCGCCUGUCCACCUCGUGCUCCACGACUCCGCCCUCGCCGCCGGCGCCGCCUUCGUGUCGGCCAACCCGGCGGCCGUGCAGAGCGUCACUCUGAUCGACGCCACCACCACCUUGCCGGCCUUCCCGGCGGCCGUUCUCGGCGUGCCGGCGCUGGGAAGGCUGGUGCUGCGGGUGCCGGCAUUGUUCAAGGGGCUGGUGCGUCUGUCCUGCGCUCGGGGGAUGGAUGCAGAGGAGGCUGACGCGCACAGGGCGGCGGUGCGGGGGCAGGGGAAGAGGGAUGCAGUGUUUGAGGCCUGGAAGGCCAUGAACCAUAGUUUUGACCUGAGAGAGUGGAGGUGCUCUUCAGAGGAGGUGAAGAGGCUGCCGAUGAUGGUUCUGUGGUCGGGUUCUUGGUCGGAUAUGUGGAUCGAUGAGGGGAAGAAGGUGACCAAGGCGUUGCCGGACGCCAAAUUCAUCUACCAUUACGGUGGCCGGUGGCCUCAGGUGGAUGCAUAUGAGGAAAUCUCAAAGUUGAUAGCAGAGUUUGUGACCAUGUUACCAACAACUGCGACAGAGCACGGGUCGGAGAAUAUGGACCAAUCAUCCGGCGAAUCAGCAGAUGCUCACAGCGAUCAUCCAGUUUCAUGA